CGUCCGUACCCGUGCCGAGAUGUCUCUCGUCUUGCGUGCCCUCUCUCAGCUGUUCUGCUGGGCCGCCCUUUGCCACGUCUUACAAGUGGCUGCUGCGGGACUGGUUGCCCUGGUAACGGUCUGGACCGCCGGGCUGUUGCUUCAACACGCUCGUUUGACUCGUAGGCUGUCCUGCUUCAGCAAACCUCAUGCAGACUCUUGGCUCAUAGGCCACCUGGGUCAGAUGAAGAGCACAGAGGAAGGUCUCCUCCAGGUGGAUGAGUUAGUGCAGACGUACAAACAUUCCUGCAGCUGGUUCCUCGGGCCCUUCUAUCAUCUGGUCAGACUCUUCCACCCGGACUUUGUCAAACCUCUGCUAAUGGCACCAGCCAGUAUCACGGUGAAAGAUGAGCUCAUCUAUGGUCAUCUCCGUCCGUGGCUCGGCCAGAGUCUGUUGCUGAGCAACGGGGAGGCGUGGUCCCGCAGGAGGCGUCUUCUGACCCCCGCUUUUCAUUUCGACAUACUGAGGAACUACAUUGCCACAUUUAACACUUCGGCGGACGCCAUGCAUGCUAAGUGGCGGCGUCUGUUGGCAGAGGGUAACUCGACCCUGGAGAUGUUCGACCACGUCACUCUGAUGACGUUGGACAGUUUGCUGAAAUGUGCCUUCAGCUACAGCAGCAACUGUCAGGAGUCGAGCAGCGAGUACGUGUCAGCCAUAGUGGAGCUGAGCAAUCAGAUAAUAGAACGGCGCCAAAACAUUUUGCACCACUGGGACUGGAUUUACUGGAAGACGGCGCAGGGAAAACGCUUUAAGAGGGCUUUGAACAUCGUGCACAGUUUUACGAGUGAAGUGGUCCAGAGGCGCCGUACCCGCCUCAGACAGACCUCGUCUGAUUCCACCUCCGAGCCCGGGAGGAAAAAGGAUUUUGUGGACAUCAUACUGCUGGCCAAGGAUGACGACGGCCGAGGCUUAACAGACGAGGAGGUGGAAGCUGAGGCCAACACUUUCAUGUUUGCCGGUCAUGACACCACAGCCAGUGCCGUUUGCUGGACGCUUUUUAAUUUAGCACGCCACGCGCACUUUCAAGAAAAAUGUCGGAGGGAGGCGCUGCAGCUUAUGAAGGGCCGCGAAGGACAGCGAAUAGAGUGGGAAGAUCUGUCCAAGCUUCCUUUCACCACCAUGUGCAUCAGGGAGGCACUGAGGUUACACUCGCCGGUCCAGGCCGUGACGAGGACGUACACCCAGGACAUGCCGCUGCCGGGGAACCGGACAGUGCCGAAAGGUGCCAUCUGUUUAGUCAGCAUUUACGGAACACACCACAACCCUGCGGUAUGGACAAAUCCACACGAGUUUGAUCCUCUGCGUUUUGAAGCAGCCAACCAAGAGGGCCGCUCUUCCCACGCUUUUAUUCCCUUCUCGUCAGGCCCCAGAAACUGCAUCGGUCAGAAAUUUGCGCUGGCAGAGCUCCGGGUUGUCGUGUCACUGACGCUGCUCAGGUUCCGCUUGACUCCGGGGAUGAACCCCAAACUGGGCUCCGCGGAGGUCCGGCGUCUGCCCCAGCUCGUGCUGAGGGCGGAGGGCGGCCUGUGGCUGCGGCUGGAGCCCCUGACGCCGACGCCCGAUGCCAAGGCGGCGCGGGAUGCAUGAGGCGCUUUUGUUGCACUCUUGACCCAAAUUGUUAUACAUACAGGUAAAUAAUAACAAUAAUCCUAAUCCUAAUCCUAAUCAUACAAAUAGGUAGGCUGAUUGAAGACUAAAUUGCCCGUAGGUGUGAAUGUGAGUGCGACUGCUUGUUUGUUUCUAUGUGCCCUGAGACUGGCUGGUACACCCCGAACCGGUCGCCCCAACGUAGCUGGGAUGGGCUGCAGCACGCCCGCGACCCGCGCGAGGAGAAGCGCUACGGAAAAUGGAAUGGAUAAUGCAAAUGCAGCUCUUGAACAAAAUAAAAGCCCACUGCAAAAUGA